AUGGAAGAAGCUUUCAGAAAGCUCAACGGCUUCACCCCCACGUCCCAGCCCGACGUCCCCAUUUCCAUCCCCUCCAAAAAGUCAAACCCCACCGCCGCUACCACCACCAACAAGCGCUCCCUCAAGGAAGCCACCGCCGGCUCUGCCUCCACACUGCGCUACCGCGGCGUGCGCCGCAGGCCGUGGGGACGGUACGCUGCUGAGAUCAGAGACCCGCACUCCAAGGAAAGACGGUGGCUCGGAACCUUCGACACCGCCGAGGAGGCUGCAUGCGCUUAUGACUGUGCCGCUCGAGCCAUGCGCGGUGUCAAGGCUCGUACCAACUUUGUUUACCCUGCCACAACUCAAGACCAUCUUGUUCCGGCGUUCACUUUCCACCACCAGAAGCAAUCUCAGCCGUCGGUUAAGUACCACAGCACCGCUCGCGGCUACGGCCAGAUCGUUCCCAACUGGCCACCGUUUGCGACGUACCCUCAUGAUUUCUCAGGUAAUUCCGACAGAAGUGGCACCACUGCUAAUAGUGCUAACAGUACUACUGCUUCUUUGAACAUGCUUUUCUUGAGGAAUUUCAUCAAUAAUAAUUCUAUUCCAUCUCAAAACCAAAACCCUUCUUCGGUUGGCUCCCCAAACCCUCCUCCUCACUCUCAAGCUCAAAGCUUCAGUCAAAACCAGUUUCAGUACACAAAUGGCUCUUCUUCACCUAAUUUCCCUGCUUCUGGUUGCAAUUCCUUUGUCAACAACAAUACCACUACCUCUUGUACUACUACUAGUCAUGGGAACUCAUCUUCGUCUAUAAUGAUGAACGGUACUAGCAUUAGUUGUGCUACUCUCCAUGAGACCCCAACAAAAGCAAUCGUCACUAGUACUGGUUUCGUUGACUCGGAUUUCCUUCCCAUAGAGUCUUCAGAUAGCGGUUUGUUAGAGGAGGUGAUUCACCAGUUCUUCCCAAAACCCUUCUCCAAGGAAUCCAACCCUCGGAAAUCUGUGGAGUCUUUCCCUGGUACCUCCUUUGAUUUACGAGUGCAGCAGCCAAGUCUGGAUGUUAAGGAAGUGCAGCAGCCACGUGUUUGCCCCGGUGAGUUUGACUACCAGCAAGAGCAAGAGCAACAACAUCUUGGAAGUUUCAACGGAGUUCUUGAAGUGGCUGAGCAGACCGUACCGUUGUAUAAUGAUCUGCCAGUGAACUUCCAGAUGAACAGCGCAGAUCACUCGAUGGUGGCUAUGGAUCAUAACUUGUUCCAACAGUACUACUAUCCUGAGUUUUUGGGUAGCUUGCAGAAUGCCUGA